AUGGAUAAUGAUGCGUUGAUGCUGAUGUUGUUGGUGCUGGAGGAACGGCCGGACAUGGAGGAUGACGACGCUUUCGAGGGCGAAGACGGGACGGGCUGGGGGGAGAACGACGAGGUGCAGGCGGAAACGCGCGAUGGGCAUACCACCAGGCUCGGCUAG